AUGGCUAUCCACUGGCCUUCUUCUAAAACUGUAGCUGAUGUUAAAGCUUAUUGUUCUGAAGCUGCAGCAAGUUUUGAAGGCAGUUUAAUAAAUAAUACAACUAGAAUCUUACACACUAAAUCAGCAGGUGGUUCAGGCCCUGGAGGAUCUGGUCCCGGUGGUGCUGGCCCUGGAGGAUAUGGACCCGGAGGUGCAGGCCCAGGAGGAUAUGGACCCGGCGGUUAUGGACCAGGAGGAUCAGGACCCGGUGGUGCUUCAGCAGCAGCAGCUGCAGCCGCAGCCGGUGGUUCAGGCCCAGGAGGAUCAGGUCCCGGUGGUUAUGGACCUGGAGGAUCAGGACCAGGAGCCGCUUCAGCAGCUGCAGCAGCUUCUGCAGCAGGUGGAGGAGGAGGAGGCCAAGGUGGUUAUGAAGAAAUAGUUGAAUACAGCUCUCUCCCAGGAGGAUAUGGACCUGGAAGUUCGGGCCCAGGAGGGUAUGGACCUGCAAGUUCUGGCCCAGGAGGUUAUGGACCUGGUGGAUCAGGACCCGGUGGUGCUUCAGCAGCAGCUGCAGCAGCAGCAGCUGGUGGUUCAGGUCCCGGAGGUGCUGGCCCUGGAGGAUAUGGACCCGGUGGUGCAGGCCCAGGAGGAUAUGGUCCCGGUGGUUAUGGACCAGGAGGAUCAGGACCCGGUGGUGCUUCAGCAGCAGCAGCAGCUGGUGGUUCAGGCCCAGGAGGAUCAGGUCCCGGAGGAUAUGGACCCGGAGGAUCAGGACCCGGUGGUGCUUCAGCAGCAGCUGCAGCAGCAGCAGCUGGUGGUUCAGGUCCCGGAGGUGCUGGCCCUGGAGGAUAUGGACCCGGUGGUGCAGGCCCAGGAGGAUAUGGACCCGGUGGUUAUGGACCAGGAGGAUCAGGACCCGGAGGAUAUGGACCUGGAGAAUCAGGACCCGGUGGUGCUGCAGCAGCAGCUGCUGCAGCAGCAUCUGGUGGUUCAGGCCCAGGAGGAUCAGGUCCCGGAGGAUAUGGACCUGGAGGAUCAGGACCCGGUGGUGCUUCAGCAGCAGCUGCAGCAGCAGCUGGUGGUUCAGGUCCCGGAGGAGCUGGCCCUGGAGGAUAUGGACCCGGAGGCUCUAGCCCAGGAGGAUAUGGUCCCGGUGGGGCAGGACCAGGAGGAUAUGGACCCGGUGGUUAUGGACCAGGAGGUUCAGGACCAGGAGCAGCCGCAGCAGCUUCUGCAGCAGGUGGUGGUGGAAGAGGCCAAGGUGGAUAUGAUGAAAUAGUUGAAUACAGCUCUGGCCCAGGAGGAUAUGGACCCGGAGGUGCUGGCCCUGGAGGAUAUGAACCCGGUGGUGCAGGCCCAGGAGGAUAUGGACCCGGUGGUUAUGGACCAGGAGGAUCAGGACCCGGUGGUGCUUCAGCAGCAGCAGCUGCAGCUGCAGCCGGUGGUUCAGGUCCAGGAGGAUCAGGUCCCGGAGGAUAUGGACCAGGAGGAUCAGGACCCGGUGGUGCUUCAGCAGCAGCUGCAGCAGCAGCUGGUGGCUCAGGCCCUGGAGGAUCAGGUCCCGGAGGUGCUGGCCCUGGAGGAUAUGGACCAGGUGGUGCAGGCCCUGGAGGAUAUGGACCCGGAGGUUAUGGACCAGAAGGAUCAGGACCAGGUGGUUAUGGACCAGGAGGAUCAGGACCCGGUGGAGCAUCUGCAGCAGCAGCUACAGCUGCAGCUGGUGGUUCAGGCCCAGGAGGAUCAGGUCCCGGAGGAUAUGGACCUGGAGGAUCAGGACCCGGAGGAUCUUCAGCAGCAGCUGCAGCAGCAGCAGCUGCAGCAGCAGCAGCUGGUGGUUCAGGCCCCGGAGGUGCUGGCCCUGAAGGAUAUGGACCCGGUGGCGCUGGCCCAGGAGGAUAUGGACCCGGUGGUGCAGGUCCAGGUGGAUAUGGGCCCGGUGGUUGUGGACCAGGAGGAUCAGGACCAGGAGCAGCUUCAGCAGCCGCAGCAGCUUCUGCAGCAGGUGGUGGUGGAGGAGGCCAAGGUGGUUAUGAAGAAAUAGUUGAAUACAGCUCUGGCCCAGGAGGAUAUGGACCUGGAAGUUCCGGCCCAGGAGGGUAUGGACCUGAAAGUUCUGGCCCUGGAGGUUAUGGACCUGGUGGAUCAGGACCAGGAGGAUCAGGACCAGGUGGUGCUUCAGCAGCAGCAGCUGCAGCUGGUGGUUCAGGCCCAGGAGGAUCAGGUCCCGGAGGUUAUGGACCUCGAGGAUCCGGUCCCGGCCGUGCUGGCCCAGGAGGAUAUGGACCAGGAGGAUCUGCUCCCGGUGCAUCAGCAGCAGCGUCAGCAGCGGCAGCUAUUUCUUCUCCUGCCUCUACUUCCAGAAUUUCUUCCGUUGCAUCUAGGUUAGCUUCUGGAGGACCAGUUAAUGUUUCUAGACUAUCUAGCACAUUAGGAAGCGUUGUUUCUCAAGUGCAAUCAUCCAAUCCUGGUGCUUCUCAAUGCGAAGUCCUUCUUCAAGCUCUUCUUGAAUUGGUAUCUGCUUUGUUGCAUGUUCUCGGAUCUGCUAAUAUUGGAAAUGUUAACUAUGGUGCUUCAGGUCAAACAUCUUCAAUGGUUUCACAAGCUGUAAACCAACUUUAUGGUUGAAAUUCUAAAGCAAUAUAUAUUAUAAAAAAUGUUAUUUUAAAACUUUGAAAUAAAAUUUUGCAUUUGAAA